AUGGCAAAGAGAAAAUCUGCGGGAAGCGUGACUCCGCCGCGCAAGAAGGCCAAGUUGGAUCAGCCGAUCGAAUCACCGCGUCUUCAGACACACAGCACCGAUGCAGCAUCCUCCUCCUCUUGCUCCUUGCCAUCAUCACCACUGCCUUCAACUUCGCAAAGACCCGAGAAACGCAAGAUAUUAGAUGACACCUCGAGUGAGGGCGAAGACGAAUGGGAUGCGGGGUCCGACACGAAACGGAUCAGGACACAGAGUCCGACCAACCCGACACGGCGGUCGCCUACCCCCGGUUACCAGUGGGUGUUGCAUGACGAUAAUCCAGAAGCACAGGCGCACAUAUACUGGGAGCCGACAGACUUGACCGAGAGGUCCAGGCGGUGGCGGGAAAGUAUGAGACUUAUAGGGGCUGGUUACCUGGGCUGUUCAUGUGGAAAGAUGCACUAUGCGAUAGGCCGAAAGUCAUGGCACUUACCAGGUCAAGAACCAGAAUUGGAAGACCCAGAGGAGUCCGUGCCAGAACGAGAUGAAGAAUACACACCGCCAAGGACUAUCCCAGCAUACCAAGAUCGAAGCCAAGAACGGUUUCCUACCCCAGAGCUAUCCGAUGAGGAGGCAAAUGUUGGCAAUACGCAACUCAAUUCCACGCCCAUUGACGUCUCUAUUCUACAAGAGUCACCGACUUCGCCAGAUUCACCAGCCCCCGUUGUCGCGGAAGUGCCAACUGUUUCACGCGUCAUUACACCGACGACAAACACUGGUCGAGUUUCACGCCGACGCACAAGCGAGCAACGCGAUGUAGAAAAACCAAAAGCGCGGCGUCAAACACGCAGGAAGAACAAAAACAAAGAGAAGAAAGAGGACAAAGGCAAGCCCGAGAAGCGACAGCGACAGCCUCGGAACCGGAAACCCAAGACCACACCUGUGGCUGAGGAGCCUGCUGUCGCAAGACGGUCAUCUAGGAGAAAUGCAGAAUCUACGAUGUGGUUCUUGGACAGCAAUGGCAGGGCUUGCUCAAUCACGGCAUCGUCAAGAUGA